AUGUCCUGGGUACAAGUUGCAGUCAGCCGAUCUGGUGAGGAUAUCUUUGACGAAGAUGCAGAUGAGAUGUACCUACUACAGAAAGAAUGGAACAGCACCAUGAAAAAAAGAUUGAAGGAGGGCUAUAUGGAUGGAAUUGAGGCUGGGAAAGAGCUUGCGCUCCAGGAAGGCUUCAAUCAAGGUUAUAGACAUGGUGCUCAGCUGAUGGUUACCUGUGGCCAAUUCAGAGGAACCCUGAAUGCUCUCUUAUCAUGGUGUCAUCUUAAUGGACAUGAUUCUGCCUUAAGUAAGAUAAAUAAUCUUCUUGAUGUGAUUGGAAAGCAUGAAGAAGAUGUGCUUAAGUGUCUGAAUUCUGUUGAACAACAGCCACACCUUGGACACAUUUUAGAUUCUGUUCAGGACAUGGACCUCAAUCACACAGCUCCAACUGAGAGAGAAUAUAACAAAGUUAAAGCUGGAAAACAUGAAGACAUUGGCACCACUGCUGAAAACAGUUGUAGGAAUAUUGGUGAAGUUGGUUCCUUGCAGUCUGAGUGCAACACAGCAAAACUUUGCACAGAUCCUGAUAGGUCAACUCUUGCUUGGGUUAAAAAGCAGACUGUUUGGCUAGUAGAGCAACUGGGCUUAUCACUGGAUAUACUCCAUCAUGUCCAGCAACUGGAAAACUAG